CAAUGUACUGAAUUAAUUAUUCGAGAAGAUUUAGAUGGUAUUCAAGAAACGAAUUCUAUACUGAUUAUUUUAUUGUUUUUUCUUAUUUAGCUCUUCGAAAUAUGUAUAAAUUAUUAAAACCAACACAUAUUGGUAUAACUUAUAUGGUUGAACAAUUACGAGAACAUAUGUCACGUACUGGUCAUGAAAGAAUUCAAUCACUCCCAGGAGAUAAUUUAUCAACAACAUUUGUUGAAACACUACUUGAAAUACAUACAAAAUAUACAGAUAUAAUACGGCAAACAUUUGCUAAUGAUUCCGAAUUUAUUUCAGCACUUGAUAAAGCUUGUGCAACUAUAAUCAAUAUGAAAAAUGAAAAUCGUUUACCUUCUAAAGCUCCUGAAUUACUUGCACAUUAUUGUGAUAGUCUAUUACGUAAAUCAUCAAAAACAACGACUGAAAGUGAAUUAGAAGAAAAAUUACUUAAAACAAUUAUCAUAUUUAAUUAUCUUGAUGAUAAAGAUUAUUUUCAACGUUUCUAUCAAAAAAUGCUUGCACGUCGACUUAUUAAUCAACAAUCAAGUUCAAUGGAUGCUGAAGAAUUUUUGCUCACAAAACUUAAAGAAAAAUGUGGAUAUGAAUUUACUGGCAAAUUAACUCGUAUGUUUCAAGAUACUAAAGUUAGUGAAGAUCUCAAUAUAAAAUUUUUGGAUUAUCUGAAAUCGGAAACAAAAUCAAGAGUACAAAAUCAAACAAUAACUGCCUUGCUUGGACUUGAUUUUUAUAUAUAUGUAUUGCAGGCUAAUUCAUGGCCUGUUAGUCAACCAGCGGAGAAAACAUUUCUAAUUCCUCAAUUACUUGAACGACCAAUGCGAAUGUUCGAAUCAUUUUAUAAUAAACAAUAUAAUGGCAGAAAACUAUGUUGGAUGUAUAAUCUAUCAAAUGCUGAUAUACGUAUGUCACAUUUGGAUCGUCCAUAUUUUGUUACUAUGAAUACAUAUCAAAUGACUAUAUUAUUAAUGUUUAAUGAUCAUCAAAAAUUAACAUUAAAUGAACUUGAAGAAGCAACAAAACUUAAUAUAAAAGAACUUGAAAAACAUCUAUCAUCUUUAAUCGAUAAUAAAAUUUUAUUAAGUAAUACUACUGAUCUCACAUUAAAUUCAAUUAUUUCAAUAAAUUAUGAAUUUAAAAAUAAACGAACAAAAUUUAAAAUUUCUACAGUUACUCAAAAAGAAACUACUCAAGAUGCUGAAAUAUCUCAAAAUGCCAUUGAUGAUGAUCGAAAAUUUUAUUUACAAGCUAUAGUUGUACGAAUAAUGAAAUCAAGAAAAACUUUAAAACAUAAUUUAUUGAUUGAUGAAGUCAUAACACAAUCAAAACAACGUUUUACACCAUCGAUUUCACUUAUUAAAAAAUGUAUUGAAAUUCUUAUCGAUAAACAAUAUCUUGAACGACAUUCCGCUGAUGAAUAUCGUUAUAUUACAUAA